UUCCAUACUCACUCUUCACUCUUCCCCAUUAACAAGUACCGCCACAUGUCAUUCAUCACCAGGUCUUUUCCUCCUUCCUCUCUUCUCUCCCUGAAUAUCUCGCUCAUCCAAUUCUCUCUCCCUCUCUCUCCGUACACCUUUAACCUAUCGUCACUCACUGAACCUCUUUCCAUUUCUGUCAUCACUCUACCAGAAUAACGUUUCCGAUCAAACUUCCUAAACCUAACCUAAUCAAAGCAAGUGCAUCUUUUGCUUUUAUCUUCGUCUUUUUCCAAACAACAAUCAUUCCUUAUUAUUAAAUUAAAACUAAAAUAUUUGAAUCCCUAGCUAUAUUGUUCUCAAAUGAGAAUUUGAUUUUCCAUGCAUUAAUAAUCAAGGAACAGGAUUGUAAGAAAGUUAAGUCAUGGGUGGUAUCUGUUCUAGGAAAAGACAAGUGAUAGAAGAUGAUUUACGCAGGGGAGUAUCUGGAAGGUACUGUAGAAGUGCAAGCACUAAAUGGUUAGGGGCAAGAAGUUUACGUUCUAAGACUAAUCAUUGUCCUGGAGUGGGUACUUGUCCCUCUCUAAUGGAUUUAUGCAUAAAUAAGAUGCGCGAGGAUUUUCAUAAAUACGAUUCGUUUUCAAUUCUACCGAGAGACAUAAGUCAGCAGAUCUUCAAUGAAUUGGUGGAUUCUCAUUGUCUUAAUGAAGCAUCUCUCAACGCUUUUCGUGAUUGUGCUCUUGAGGAUGUUUACUUGGGAGAAUAUUUUGGAGUGAAUGAUGAUUGGAUGGACGUUAUUGCUUCACAAGGCUCAUCUUUACUUGCCGUUGAUGUUUCUGGCUCUAAUGUGACAGACAAUGGACUGCGAUUCUUAAAGAAUUGCUCAAAUAUUCAAGCAUUGGCCCUCAAUUACUGUGAUCAAUUUUCCGAACACGGGCUCAAACACCUCAAUGGUCUAUCAAACUUGACUUCAUUGAGUAUCAGGAAGAGCUGUGCUGUCACACCUGAUGGAAUGCGAGCCUUUUCCAACUUAGUUAAUUUGGAGAAGUUGGACCUUGAGAGGUGUUCAUAUAUUCAUGGCGGAUUUGUUCAUUUUAAAGGUUUGAAAAAACUGGAGUCUCUUAAUAUUGGAUGCUGUAAAUGUAUUACGGAUUCAGACAUGAAGGCUAUCUCAGGUUUUAUUAAUUUAAAGGAGUUGCAAAUUUCCAACAGCAAUAUUACUGAUCUUGGGAUUUCUUACUUAAGAGGCAUGCAGAAGCUUGCGACAUUAAAUGUUGAAGGAUGCAAUAUCACUGCUGCAUGUUUUGAGUAUAUUUCUGCCUUAGCUGCCCUGGCAUGCUUAAAUCUCAACAGAUGCGGUCUUUCUGAUGAUGGAUUUGAGAAUUUUUCUGGUCUUACAAGCUUGAAGAGGUUAAGUCUUGCAUUUAACAAGAUUACAGACGCGUGCUUAGUUCAUCUAAAAGGUUUAAAGAAUUUAGAGUAUUUGAAUCUGGAUUCUUGCCUGAUUGGCGAUGAAGGGCUUGCGAAUUUGACAGGCCUCACUCUCUUGAAAAUCCUAGUGUUGUCCGACACUGAAGUUGGAAACGGCGGGCUUCGAUCUUUAUCAGGGUUAAAAAAACUCGAAGAUCUGAAUCUGUCAUUUACUUCAGUAACUGAUAAUGGCCUGAGAAGGCUCUCUGGAAUGACUAGUCUUAAAUCACUUAAUCUGGAUGCUCGACAGAUAACUGAUGCUGGACUGGCAAAUCUUACAAGUCUGACUGGAUUGAUAACUUUGGAUCUCUUUGGAGCUCGUAUCACUGACUUUGGAACUACAUAUUUACGAUCGUUCAAGAACCUGCAAUCCCUUGAGAUAUGUGGUGGAUUUUUAACUGAUGCAGGCGUGAAAAAUAUUAGAGAAAUUGUCUCCCUUACACAGCUAAACCUUUCUCAGAAUUGCAAAUUGACAGAUAAAACUCUGGAGUUAAUCUCUGGAAUGACUGCACUGAAGUCGCUAAAUGUUUCAAAUUCUCGUGUAACAAACCAAGGGCUGCAAUAUUUGAAGCCUUUAAAGAAUUUACGCACUCUUUCCUUGGAGUCUUGCAAGGUCAAUGCAGCUGAAAUUAAGAAGCUCCAUUCAACCGAUCUUCCAAAUUUGAUAAGCUUUCGGCCAGAGUAGACAAAGUGGUCGAAAGAAUUCUGUUCUCUGCAUGGUGAUCAAACAAUUGUCUGUACAUAUUUAUUGCUUCUCUUUUGGAUAAUCAUAAAAUAAUAUCAGUUGAAGAUGAAAGGUAAAUUCUAAAAAAGUCAUUUACAGUAUUUGGCAUGCGGGUGUAAUUAUGCUUUCUUUUGCAUGUCUGGUAAUAAUUGUACAUAUAUUUUUUUUCUUUCUUUGUUUUCUCUCUGAAGUGUGUAUGUCAUGCCGACUAUGUUGUCAGUGCAUUAUGUAAUAAUAUAACAAUCUCAUGUAUGUAAAUAAAAACAGAGACGAAGUUUGUGCAUAAGUAAUUUUCUUUUGCUGGAUA